AUGGCACCUGAUCGUAGUUACCUAGUGAUGUCUUCCCCACCGAGACAACACGAAGCUUUUGAUUUAUCAUCAUCGCCUCUUCCGUCACUGAACGAGCUUGUGAAUAGUAUAUCUAAAGAUGCGUUUCGAGGCAAUGCAGUUUCAAACACGCUUGACCCCUUGUGCAGGUCUAAAUCAAUGGAAACCUCAGCACCAGAAUCACUUCACAUGAUAGGGGGUUCGAUAUCGGGAAAUGAUUGGUCAAACAUUCAAUCCAUUUGUGGACUAAAUGUCGAACCAAAGCUACCAUUAAAGGGUUUCGAGCCUGAUGACAUGAAUGAAGAAAUCAGCAUCUACCAUGGGAGAUCAAAAAUCAUUACAAAGACUGUAGAAUUAAAGGUACAAGACGAAUUUCCUUCACCGGGGUCUAAAUGCUUAAAAAGCAUUCAGAUAGAUGAAUCAGGCACAGAAGAGAAUCCUCCACCUUAUGAAAAUUCAGGGUCGGGGAGAGAACAGAAUCUGGGAAUCUUAAAAGAUAAAUCAAGCUCAUCCAAAAAAGCCAAACAUCCCAAAAUCUUAGCAAAGAAAAAUAAAAGAAAAACAAAUCCAAAAAUAGGCUGUAACUCAGAAGCGAAAUUCCCAAAGGGAAAAGUAACAAAGCUUUCUACUUCUCUAGCUUCUGUCCCAAAAAUGGAUCAGUUGGUUGCUGGGACUGAGCUGCCUGUAUUGGACACGUCAGGACUUGGUCUCAUGGAUGCUGUGAAACGACGUCGGGACUGGACACCUCCAAACAAGCCUAAUUCAUCAUUUGAUACCACAGAAAUUGUAGCUAAAUGGCCAUCUUCCUGUGAAUCCCAUAAAUCAGGAGAUAAAAAAAGUAGAUUUUUUGAUCUAUUUGGAAAAUUUGCAUUUUCAGCAUCUGAUUCGACCAUCGAUCAAAAGAUAGCCCCAAAAGAUAGGGUGGUAAGUAAACGCAAAGAGAUCGAGCUUGUUAAAACAAAUAAUUCCUCCGCCAAGUUGUCACCAGUUAAGAAAGCUGCGCGCAAAAAAAAAGCCACGACAAUCACAGAGUUAUCAACAUCUUUUUAUGCCGACACUAACCCUUCAGAAUCAUUAUCACCUAAAGAUCUUCCCGUGGUGAAUUUUCCAAGCAAGAAUAUCCCAAGAUUGAAACCCUCUGGUAAAUUGCACUCCAAAACUAAACCGAAAUCGAAAUCUAAAAAUGCCAAAAUCAAGGAACCAUCUCUUCUUUCCCCUGAAUCAGCCUUGAAGGAGGUUCAUAAACAGGACUUUGUGUUUGGAACUUCAAGUCAACUCGCUAUGGAUGAUUCGUCGACAUAUAUGCGUAAUAUCAACGAGGCCAUCCAAGAGUCUAAUAAUCUCUAUGAUCCAUUCAAUAGCUCACCUACUGCAACAUCUACAUUAGAAGGAGUGAUAGCAAAGAGAAAUCUUUGGAAUGCCGCAUCAAGAGACUCUGCUGGCAGUCUUUUGGAGACUAAUAUUGUUGAUCUUGAAACUUUGUCAGAUGAUGUGUCUACAACUUCUGGGCCAUCAUUUGCCGAAAAUAGUGAAAAAAAUUGCUUCACAUUUAGUAGUUCAGCUGUACCUUCAAGAAAUACUAUCAUUUCAUUUGAGAAUAAUGAUAUAGAAGAAAUAGCCCCAAAAUAUUUGCAAACUAGCUCUCCUCGCCAGAAACUAAAUUAUCCCGACACGUCAAAGAAUAAGGAUCAAAUAAAUAAUUCAUGCAAAAAACUUUGCUCGCUCCCUGAUUCAUCCGCCCACAGAAUAGAGGUUGAGAAAAUCCCUAACUUCAAUUCUUAUACAAACGCACAACUCGCAAAAGAAAUUUCGAUGUAUCACUUUAAGGCUAUAAAGAAAAGGGAGCAGAUGAUUAGCCUCUUAGAAAAGUGUUGGAGAGGUAAGCAGCAGAUUAAGAUGGCCGUAGCAAGCACUAAAUCAGCGAUGAAAAAUACUACUCAAUCGAUUAAUAUAGAUAUAUACCAAAAACACCGGAUAGAUUAUUUUACUGAGCCACAUGAAUCAUCUCUAAAUUCAUUGAAAAUACCUGCUACCUCAAAAUUUAUCCCCGGACAAGCCAACACUCUUAAUCAAGUUGAGAAAAAUAACGAUGUGAAAUUAUCACUAGAUGAGACACCUACAAAAGAAUAUGGCUCUGGUUUAACAGUUGAAGACUCUGGCUCUGAUAUAGAUAUUAACCCGUAUCCAAGCGGUCAGAAGGUUCAGCCUAGGUCCUCUAUAUCAUCAUUAUCGCAACUAGAACGUAACAACGAUGACACAGAUCUCCUUUUUAGUCAUAUAACCAGCGCUAUCAAAAACACAAAGCCUUCAGAUGACUGUUCUAACCCAACCUGGUAUGAAAAAAUGCUGCUAUAUGAUCCAAUUGUCCUAGAAGACUUGACUGUUUGGUUAAAUACAGGUGCACUUCAGGAGACCAACUGGGAUGGAGAAGUUGAGCUGAAAGAUGUGAAAAAGUGGUGCGAGAGCAAAAGCAUAUGCUGUCUCUCUAGAGAAAGUUUGAGAAAUGGAACACGAUGUCGUUAUUAG